AUGAGAAAGCUCCUUUUAAGAUUAUCAGAUAGUGGUGAGCCUGUUGUCAGUUGCUCGUAUGGCCAGGGUGUGUUGACGCUUCCAUCCUUACCUCUUCCCGAGGGCUGGAAGCAAUCGGAUCCACUUUUUAGUAUUAUUCUGGUAAUUGCUGGUGGUUCACCUGUUGCCAGAGAUGGAUUGGUGUGGACGAACUGCCCUCCGGAUGGCUCGACCGCAUUCUGUCGCGAACAGUUUUACAGGAAAAAAAUUCAAACCACCUUUCAACAGGACGACCACAUAAAGCUAGAUGUCUUUUCUCCAGGUUCAUACUGUUUUUAUCUAUCAUACAGGAAUGAUAAGGAUGAGUUGCAGACUACAAGAAAGUUUUACUUUGUAGUGCCUCCUGCAUUGUAUUUGGGUGACCGCCACGUCCAGCUGAACUCAAUUGCAUUACAAAGCGUUAUUUCAAAGUGGAUGGGAAAAGAUUGGAACAAGGUUUUCGAUAAAAUUGCUAAGAAGGGAUACAAUAUGAUUCAUUUCACACCUUUACAGCGUAGAGGUGAUUCAAAUUCACCAUACUCGAUUUAUGAUCAACUUGAAUUUGACCCGGAGUUUUUCAAGGGUCCUGAUGAUGUCAAGAGCAUGGUAUCAAUGCUGCAUGAGAAGUACAAAAUUCUAACUUUGACGGAUGUAGUAUUCAAUCACACCGCCAAUAACUCGCCUUGGCUCAGAGAACACCCCGAGUCUGGCUACAAUCAUGAGACUGCUCCUCAUUUAAUCCCAGCAAUAGAAUUAGACGCCGAACUUUUGAAAUUUAGUGGCCAGAUGAAACAACUUGGCUAUCCCACGGUGAUUUCUAAUACCGCCGACCUUUUUAAAGUGAUGGAUGGGAUUAAAAUUCACGUCCUAGGUUUUUUAAAGCUAUGGGAAUUCUACGUCAUCGAUGUGACAUCUAUACUGAGUGACGUAAAAAAAAACUGGAACUCGCCGUCGAAGGAAGAAGUCCAAAUACCAGACGAAGUGAAAAAUGAUUUAGUUCAGUUGGCGGGAUUCGUUCGCGAAUAUGCCACUCUCGAGAACUUCGGUGUGCUGGGGGAGAGAUUUUCGAAUAAACUUGACCGUUCUAAAUUCGUAUCAAUUUUGAAAGCGAUGUUUGGGGAGGAACUGAACGACCAUGUUACCGAGGAAGCAAGAAAAAUACUCGAUGAGGUGAAUUUGCCGCUGUAUAAGGAGUACGACGACGAUGUGGGCGAAAUUUUGGAGCAGCUUUUCAAUCGCAUCAAAUACUUGAGAAUCGAUGAGAAUGGUCCUCAAUUAGGUGCUAUCACUAAGGACAAUCCCUUAACGGAACCCUAUUUUACCCGAUUUACAUCUUCUGGUGGUAAAGAAUUUGCUUUGGCUAACAAUGGUUGGAUAUGGAAUGGUAAUCCGCUAGUGGAUUUUGCUUCCUCUAAAUCAAAAGCCUAUUUGCGCCGGGAAGUAAUUGUGUGGGGUGACUGCGUCAAACUGAGAUACGGCUCAAAGCCUGAUGAUUCACCGUAUUUAUGGGAGAGGAUUUCGAAGUACAUAAAAAUGUGCGCCGAAAUAUUCGACGGUUUCAGAAUUGACAACUGUCACUCAACGCCUCUACACGUCGGCGAGUAUUUCUUAGAUCUUGCGCGAGCUCAUAAUCCUAACUUAUACGUUGUUGCAGAACUAUUCUCUGGGUCUGAGAGCAUGGACUGUUUGUUUGUCGAAAGAUUAGGUAUCUCGUCAUUGAUUAGGGAGGCAAUGCAAGCAUGGUCUGAGGAAGAAUUGUCUCGCCUUAUUCAUAGGCAUGGCGGUAGACCUAUUGGAUCUUACAAAUUUCUUCCGCUAGAUGAUUUUGCGUAUCCAUCGCAUGUGGAGGAAAAUGCCGAAUUUUGCAGGUAUGACAAUAGCUUUGCAGUAUGUGAGAUCCAAAUCCCAAAGAUUUUAACAGCAACACCCCCUCAUGCCUUAUUCAUGGAUUGUACUCAUGAUAACGAAACACCAUUCCAAAAAAGAACGGUCGAAGACACCCUUCCUAAUGCCGCUCUAGUGAGCUUCUGUUCCUCCGCCAUCGGUUCAGUUUACGGUUAUGAUGAGAUUUACCCUACCUUAUUGGACGUUGUGGGCGAGUCACGAACAUACUCUGUAGAGGAGGAUGAUGGCAUUUCUGAUGUGAAGACAAGACUAUACAAGAUUAGAGACCAGAUUGCUAGUGGAACUGCAGAUAUCGAAGACUCUGAGACUCAUGUUCACCACAAGGGCCAGUACAUUACAGUUCAACGAAGCAAUGCAGGUCACGGAGGGGGAUGGUUUUUAAUUGCACGUACAAAGUUCUGUGAGGCAGGGGAGCAAAAACUUCCAACAAUUAAACUCAGCGCUUCCCGGUGUAAGCUUGAAUUCAGUUGUACAUUGGUUAAAACAGGAGAUGUUCCAAAAGAUGAUAAAAUCAUAAAGGGUGUUCCAACCAGAAUAAAUGAGUUUACUGGUUUUAACGUGUGGUACGACGAUGAAAACGAAGAAUCAGUCAUAGAACUGUUGGAAGACUUCCCUCAAGGUUCGAUAGCUGUUUUCAAGACUCAACAGAAUGGAAUGGAUAGUAGUUUAAACGCUUACAUUAGGACUGGUGCACUGAAGGCCUCUGAAAACUUGAAUUUAUGCUCACUAAACUCCAUGCUGUAUAGAUGUGAAGCUGAAGAACGGGAUAUGAGUGCUGGUGAGUAUGGUACAUACAACAUUCCCAAUUUCGGUAAUCUCGUCUAUUGUGGCUUACAAGGAUGGGUUUCAGUUCUUAGAGGGGUGAUUUUUUCUAAUGACCUGGCACACCCCAUAAGCGAGCAUUUGCGAACUGGGCAUUGGGCACUGGAUUACGUUGUGAAUAGAUUGAACCAUUAUAUCGAAAAUCCUGGUAUUCGUGAAAUGCAGGAAUGGCUUGAGUCCAGAUUGGCAAAAGUAAAAAAACUCCCAUAUUAUCUUGUACCAAGUUACUUUGCACUAGUGAUUGGUAUCGCAUACGAAAGUUGUAGAUACCGAGCAUUGAUACUUAUGACAAAAAAUGUUAGCCAUGGGACAAGAUUUAUCCAAUCUUUGGCAUUAACAUCUGUUCAAAUGGUAUCUGUGAUGAGCUCAACGUCUCUUGUACCAAGAAAGAACAUCCCAUGUAUGGCUGCAGGGUUACCCCAUUUCUCAUCCGCUUAUAUGAGGUGUUGGGGUCGGGAUGUUUUCAUUGCGUUGAGGGGUUUGCUACUUGCUACUGGCCGCAACGAAGAUGCCAAAACACAUAUUCUUUCCUUUGCUAAAACUUUAAAGCAUGGACUGAUCCCUAAUUUGCUCGAUGCAGGCAGAAAUCCGCGGUAUAAUGCUCGAGAUGCUGCCUGGUUCUUUCUCCAGUCAAUUCAAGACUACGUGAAUAUUGUUCCCAACGGAGAAUCAAUAUUGAAGGAGAAAGUCAAAAGAAGAUUCCCCUUGGAUGACACGUAUAUUCCGGUAGACGACCCUGCAGCGUUUUCUUAUGAAAGUAGCAUUGAAGAUAUUGUGUUCGAGAUUCUCUCAAGGCACGCGAAAGGUAUCAAAUAUCGCGAAGCCAACGCUGGACCAAACCUGGACAGAGUUAUGAAAGACGAAGGAUUCAACGUCGAAGUUCACGUAGACUGGGAAACAGGUUUAAUUCAUGGUGGGUCACAAUGGAAUUGUGGCACAUGGAUGGACAAAAUGGGUGAGAGUGCACUGGCAGGGUCAUCAGGCAUUCCUGGUACGCCCAGAGAUGGAGCCGCCAUCGAGAUAAAUGGACUUCUGAAGAGUGCGCUUAGAUUCGUUCUCGAUCUGAACAAACGUGGACUCUUCAAAUAUUCUGAAGUUGAAAAGAAUGAUGAUACUAAAAUUUCAUUUGACGACUGGAACACUCUGCUACAAUCAAAUUUUGAGAAAAAGUUCUAUGUCCCAAUUGAUCCAUCUCAAGACGGGGAUUACGACAUCGAUGGUAACCUAGUCAAUAGGAGAGGAAUAUACAAAGAUCUCUUCCGUGCGGGGAAGCCAUACGAAGAUUAUCAGUUGAGGCCCAAUUUCGCGAUCGCAAUGACUGUGGCACCAGAACUCUUUACUCCAGAGCUAGCAAUGAAAGCAUUAGACUUGGCUGACGAGAUUUUGCGGGGGCCUGUGGGAAUGCGGACGCUAGACCCCAGCGACUAUAAUUACAGACCUUAUUAUAACAAUGGAGAGGACUCUACUGAUUUUGCUACAGCCAAAGGCAGAAAUUAUCACCAAGGCCCUGAAUGGGUUUGGUGCUACGGAUACUUCAUGCGUGCGUAUUGUCACUUUCACUACCUUGUUGAUCCACGGGGCCAAAGCCAGCCAAAAGGAAAACCUUCCUCCUAUCUCUAUCAGCAGCUCUAUUUUAGACUAGACGGCCACAGAAAAUGGAUCUUUGAUAGUCCUUGGGCGGGGUUGACGGAGUUAACAAACAAGGAUGGUGAUUAUUGCGGCGACUCAAGCCCUACCCAGGCAUGGAGUACAGGGUGUUUACUGGAUUUCUUCUAUGACCUGUGGAUCACCCACGAGGAGGCCUAG